AUGAACAAUCUCCUGCAGAAUCACGGAGCAAAAUUCAUCUGCAAAGUUCCGGAUGGCCUACGAGAAUUAUGCACAGACAUUUCUCGCGAGGUUCUGCGCGCUCAACCAUUCCACAUAUAUAACUUCAUCGCGGAAUACGUUGAGGGUUUGCGAUUAACCCGGGAGAAUGCAAAAAUAGCUGUGAAAUUUGUUGACAGCAUUAUGGCGGAUAGCGAGGGCAUUGUUAAUCUUCUCAAUCGUUGUGGACUAGAUUUGAAGGAAAUUGCUGCUAUCGCACCGAAGCUCCAGGGAGCUUUUCGGGAUUAUGUCGACGCUACAGAUUGCACCUGUUCAAUCACUUCGGAUGUGUGUGUCGAGGAAGAUUGUAAUGAAGAGAACGAAUUGACUAUAACGAAAAUUGUGGAGAAUGCCGGGGUGACAUUGGAGGUCGCGGAGAGGGCGGCCGUGACAAUUCAGAGAGCCUUUCUUCAACAUUAUAAAAGAAUCACUCAAUGUGAAUUCACCAGUGAAGCGUCAUGGAAGACAGCAGUAAUGAAUACCAUUGAGAUUUUGCGAAAAUUCAGUCUAUCAGAACGAGCGGCUGUGAAAACCGCCCGAUCAAUAGAGUCGAAGUACCACGAGUACUACACAAGAAGAGAUGAAAUGAAGUCGUACGAUGCGGCAAAAAAUGAGGGGGAUGGCAAGAAGAAUGGAUUUCCACGGACCAAUGAAAGUAUUCAAGCUGUCGCUGGGUUGAAUAUGAUGUACGACUCCGGGAUUACUCGGGAGCAGGCCAAUCGAGCUGCAACAAUUAUUCAACGCAUUUUCCGUGAGUAUCGAUCACGCAAGAAUUCCAGCCUACAUCCCUCCACCUCAACGGGUAGUAUGGCUGCCAGAGAAAUUCUCGACAACUUGCAUCAGAGAAUCUUCGACAAAGUUAUAUCGGGCGAGGCAAUUCCCGGGGAGUUUGGCACGAUCCAGGAAAUCGCUAAGGCAACUGAAAAACUUUCAAACGCCUACGAAGAACGCCUCGAUGGCUCCAAAUUGUCCCUCGAUAAUGCAAAGAGUAGUGAGGAGGAAACGGUGGAAGAGGAUUUCAAAGCGGAUAACGAGCAUUUGCAUGACUGA